UUAUCAUAAUUGCUCCCAUUUCCCUAUCAUAACACCAACCUUGGUUUGUCCUGUGAAAGUAACUUAGUUGUUUCUUCUGCUACAAGCCUACAACUUUUGUUUCCUCUAAGUGGUUGUGUUGGUCACUCUGCUUCUAAUACCAGAUGGUGAAGAAAAUGAGGUCUGAUUUGGGCCCAUUUUCCCUGCAAAAGCACAACCAUGUAUGUGCCAAGUUUGCAGCAUCAUUUUUCUUGGUGGGUCUCGCUUUUCGCCUUCUCUUGUGGGAUUCAUUCAGCUUCUCAUCAUCACUAGUGAAGAAGACACUACCACCUCCUCUUGCAGAAGCAAAAGCAGAGUCCCCUGUUUUUUCUUUACCUCUUCAGGCAUCUGAUUUUGUUGAAUUUCCAGGAUACAACCAGAGCCAAACCUCUCAGGAUGAGAAAUGUGAUCUUUUUGUGGGAGAUUGGGUACCAGAUCUAUCUGGUCCAGUUUACACCAAUGAGAGUUGCCAAGUGAUUGAACACCAUCAAAACUGCAUGAAGAAUGGACGCACUGAUUCAGGGUACCUUUACUGGAGGUGGAAGCCACGACACUGUGAGUUACCAAAGUUCAAUCCAAAGAAUUUUCUCAAUUUUAUGAGAAAUAAAGCAAUGGCAUUUGUUGGUGAUUCCAUCUCCAGGAACCAUGUGCAGUCCCUACUUUGCAUUCUCUCACAGGUGGAACCAGCUGUUGAGGUCUACCAUGACAAGGAAUAUAGAUCAAAGAUAUGGAAAUUCCCCUCUCACAACUUCACACUCUCAGUAAUUUGGACCCCUUUCCUUAUCAAAGCAGCUAUAUUUGAAGACAUGAAUGGGGUAACCUCUUCAGAGAUUCAGCUUUCUCUUGACAAUCUCGACACCUUAUGGACCAAUCAAUAUAAGAAUUUCGAUUAUGCGGUAAUUGGUGGGGGAAAAUGGUUUCUCAAGACUGCAAUAUACCAUGAAAACAACACAGUCACAGGCUGCCAUUACUGUCCUGGGAAGAAUCUAACAGAGCUAGGAUUCGACUACGCAUACCGCAAAGCACUAGAACUUGUUUUCAACUUCUUCACAAGCUCUGAUCACAAAGCCACUGUUUUCUUCAGAACCACCACACCUGACCACUUUGAGAAUGGGGAGUGGUUUAGUGGAGGGUAUUGUAAUAGAACCGUGCCCUUCAAAGAGGGUCAGAUAGAUAUGGUUGAUGUAGAUUCCAUCAUGCGAGGUAUCGAAGUAGAAGAAUUUGAGAAGGCGAAUUCGCAAGGAUCUGAACAAGGGGUGAAGUUGAAACUCUUGGACACAACUCAUCUUUCAUUGUUAAGACCGGAUGGACACCCAGGACCUUACCGGCAGUUCCAGCCAUUUGCAAAAGAUAAGAAUGCUAAAGUUCAAAAUGAUUGUCUACAUUGGUGUUUGCCGGGACCAAUUGACUCAUGGAAUGACAUAGUAAUGGAAAUGCUAGUCAAUUCUUAGUGUACGUUGGAAUACACGAUGAAAAGUUACAGUGGACAGCCACUAAGUUAAGAGAAGUGUCCAGUCCACUGUGAUUUUAGUUCACUAUGGUUUUCCGCCGUGUACCCAAACAUGCAUUUAGUAAUGUUAGAAAUUCAUGAUGAGAAUAAUUUGUCAAUAGAUCACCAUUGUUUACAACAAUGAUAAUUUAAAGUUCACGAUUCUUUGCUAUA